AUGGCCACCCCAUCCACAGCCACAUUACAGCCCAUUGCCAUCAUAGGCAUUGGUAUUCGAGCACCUGGUGAUGGCUCGGACCCGGAGCGAUUUUGGAAUAUGCUCUUGGAAGGCCGGUCCGCCAGAGCUGAGAUUCCUGAAGAUCGCUACAACAUCGAUGGUUUCUAUCAUCCUGACUCCGAGCGUCUAGGGAGUAUCCAACCACGCCAUGCACAUUUCCUGAAGCAAGAUUUCAAAACAUUUGAUGCGCCAUUCUUCAGCGUGACGCCCAAAGAAGCAAAGGCCAUGGACCCUACACAUAGAAUGCUUCUAGAAGCCACUUAUGAGGGUUUCGAGAACGCGGGUCUCGGCCUGGAUAAAGUGGCGGGGACCCUGACGUCCUGCUACAUCGGCACAUUCACAGGAGACUUCCCAAACCUCCAGGCUCGUGACAACGAGGGUCCCUCUAUCUACCACGCCACAGGCCUUUCAUCAUCGCUGGCGUCAAAUAGGUUAUCAUGGUUCUACGACCUCAAGGGCCCGAGUAUGACAAUUGAUACCGCUUGCUCGUCAAGUCUGACAGCUUUCCACCUUGGUUGCCAAAGUAUCAGGACUGGUGAGGCAGAUAUGAGCGUUGUUGCAGGGGCCAAUUUGAUGUUCGGCCCAGACAUGUCCAUUCUCCUUGGCGCCGCCAAGAUUCUCUCGCCGGACGGCAAGUCCAAGAUGUGGGACGCAGAGGCCAACGGCUUCUCGAGAGGUGAAGGCUUCGGCGUCACGAUCCUUAAAUCUCUGGACGCCGCCAUCCGUGACGGCGACACCAUCCGCGCCGUCAUCCUCGCUCAGCCGCAAACGAGGACGGCAGGACGCCCGGCCGGGGUGGACCCGUCUGACACGGGCUACGUUGAAGCUCACGGCACUGGAACCCAGGCCGGAGAUCCUCUCGAAGCCAGCGCUAUACUUGCUACCAUCGGGCAUAAGCGGACAAAGGAUCUGUACGUCGGCUCAGUCAAGACCAACAUUGGCCACCUUGAGGGAGCUGCUGGUGUAGCAGGCGUCAUCAAGGCUGCUCUGACCGUUGAGAGAGGGGUCAUUCCUCCCAACUUGUGGUUUGAGAAGUUGAACCCGCAGAUCACCCUGCCAGCAAACGUCAGGAUUCCGACGGAGCCUAUGCCUUGGCCAUUCGAGGGGCCUCGGCGUGCCUCCAUCAACUCAUUUGGCUUCGGAGGAGCUAACGCCCAUGUCGUUCUUGAGGAUGCAUCAUCCUAUAUUUCCCGCAACGGACUCAACGGGAAGCAUUCCACCGUCAGCCCGCCCAAGCCACUUACAAAUGGCCACUCAAACGGCCUCACGAAUGGAGAUGGAGUCCAUAGCGACCCCAAGCCUAAAGUCUUCGUCGUAUCGUCCAACGAUAAAGAGGGCGUUUCGCGUAAUGCGGAACGCCUGACCUCGUACCUCACCUCUGCUAAGUCUAGUUCAAAAUACGACUUCCUCGGAAAUCUCGCCUACACGCUCGCCACAAAACGUUCCGUGCUCCCAUGGAAGUCCUUCGCCAUAGCGUCUUCGAUUCAGCAACUGAGCAACAAUCUCGCCCCUUCCGCUCUCUGCACACCUCUGCGAUCAUCCUCUACCUCCGACCCACGCCUAGCGUUCGUCUUCACCGGCCAAGGCGCACAGUGGUCCGCCAUGGGUAAAGGCCUUUCCAUCUACCCAGCUUUCCAAGCAAGCAUGGAUGCCUCCGAGAGGAUGCUGCGCUCCGACCUCGGCUGCCCGUGGAGCCUGGCAGAAGAACUGGGCAAAGGGUCAGAAGAGGAAAGCAAUCUCCGCAGGACCGACUACAGUCAGCCGGCCUGCACAGCCAUACAGAUCGCAUUAGUGGAUCUCCUUCGCUCGUGGGGAAUCAAGCCCGUGGCUGUGGUGGGCCACUCGAGUGGUGAGAUUGCUGCGGCGUACUGUGCUGGUCUCAUCAGUCACGCGGCUGGUAUCAGGGUCGCUUGGCUGCGUGGACAGGUAUCGGCAACUGUGGCCCAGAAUGGGAAGAAGGGAGGUAUGUUGGCUGUGAGUGCCAGCGGAGAGUCCCUCCAAGAGACACUCGAUGGGCUGCAGUCAGGCAAGGCCAUCGUCGGAUGCUUGAACAGUCCGAACGCCUGUACUGUCUCCGGCGACGCCGCAGCAGUCGACGAGUUGCAAGAGAAGCUCCACGCGGCGAAAGUCUCCUGCACCAGACUUCCUAUGGACGUUGCUUACCACUCAUUCCACAUGGAGUCUGUUCGGGGGCAGUAUGAGGCUGCUCUGUCAGGCAUCCCACACGUCGCCUCCGAGGAGACCAUCCCUAUGUUCUCAUCCGUGACAGGCGCUCUUGUCACGCCCGAGGAUAUGUCCCGCUCGUACUGGAUCGAGAACCUGGUCAAGCCCGUCGACUUCACUGGUGCAACAACUGCGCUGCUGAACUACACCAAAGAGAAGCGUACCACCCACAAGCGCCGCGCGUUUGCAGACAUCUUCGUCGAGAUUGGUCCACACUCUGCGUUGCGCAGCUACAUGCUGGAUAUAUUCGAGAACAGCGAGACCAAGUUCACAGACUUGUCUUAUGAGUCCAUGCUUCGCCGGAAGUUUGACGGCGCCCAGACUGCGCUCCAGGCAAUGGGGAAUCUGUGGGUCAAGGGUUUCAACGUGGACCUGAACAAGGUCAACGGGGUGGGUGUCGGCUCACCGUCCACCAAGAUGCUCGUCGAUUUGCCCCCGUACUCCUGGAAUCACUCCCUCACAUUCUGGGACGAGUCACACCUCAGUAAAGCCUACCGUCUCCGUGAGAAGCCCCGGCUAGAUCUUUUGGGCUACCCCGUAGCCGGCGUUCCGGACCCGACUUGGCGCAACUUCCUGCGGUGCAACGAGAACCCCUGGAUCCGGGAGCACAAGGUGCAGGGAAAUAUUCUGUACCCUGGCGCUGGUAUGCUGGUCAUGGCUAUCGAGGGCGCCAAGCAGCUCGCAGAAUCAACCAACAAGAAUGAGGUCAUCUACGGCUACGAAUUGCGAGACGAAUGGGUUGUCCAUGCCAGAGGUAUGGUGUCGGUCACGUAUGCCUCGUCGCUGUCGCCUGCGAUGCAGAACGAAAUUGAGCUGGAGAAUUCUGCACGCAAGGCCGACUUCAUCAAGAGCAAAGAGAUCUGCCAGCAGCCAGCUCGCAGCUUCUUGUAUGACACUGUUGAAACCGUGGGCAUGCAGUACGGCCCAACAUUCCGCAACAUGACGGAACUGUACGCUGGUCCCAAUGCCUCCUACGGCGUCAUCAGCGUGCCGGACACCAAAUCCAUUAUGCCUAUGGGCUUCGAAUAUCCGUCUGUGAUCCACCCCGCCACGCUGGACUCGAUGCUACACCUCCUCUUCCCCUCUAUUUCCGGCGCGGAGCAGAACAUAUCGGAGGCGGUCGUGCCCAUCUCCUUCGACCGCGUGUUCGUGUCCGCUGAUAUACCUAACACGCCUGGAACAAGCCUCCACGGCAUAUCAACUGCCAAGAAGAUGAGCUACACGACCUGGACGUCUUCGAUAACGAUCUCCGACGAGAGCUAUGCGAAGCCCCUAGUCAUCAUGGAGGGACUUGGUCUCGCAUCCAUCGGCGGCGAUAACACUACCAGCGCCAUCGAGACGAGAGCCUCUUGUUUUGAGCAGGUCUGGCACGAGGACGUUGACCUGCUAGUGCCUUCGCACAUUAAGGAGCUGGUAUACAAGCGCACGAUCCCCAACGCGGACGACGAGUCAGUGCUGGACCUGCUCGAGUAUGUGUGCCUGGUCCACAUUGUUCGGUGUCUCGACUGGCUGCAGACCCCCGAGGGUAAGGCUCACAUGCCCGAAGAUGGCUUCUGGAAGUUAUAUGUCGAGUGGAUGGAGGUUGUCAAGGCUGUCUUCCCGCCCCUGGACGCGGACCCAGCUGCUGUGGAAGCUAAACUCAAGUCUGCCAGAGAGCGUAUAGCUCUGUCUGAAAGUGGCGAUAUUACUGUACAGAUGGUUGACCGCAUUGGUGAGAACUUGGUCAAUAUUUUCAUGCACAAGGUUGAGCCCCUGCAGGUCAUGACAGAGGGCGACUUGCUCUACACUUUUUACCGCGGUGCUUUCGGCACGUCGUUCAACAGCAAUGUCGCGGAGUAUGUUGGCCUCGUAGCAGACAAGAAUCCCGGCCUGUCCAUCCUUGAGAUUGGCGCCGGGACAGGUGGCACCACUUACCACGUCCUCGAGCGACUCCGUAACGAGGAUGGCUCAUCCAAGGCCAAGAAGUAUUUCUUCACGGAUAUCUCGCCCGGCUUUCUCGGCAAGGCACAGGACCGUUUCAUCACCGAUGCGUCUAUCAUGGAGUUCGGCACGUGCAACAUCGAGAACGACCCCAUCGAGCAAGGCUUCCAGCCCGAGACGUUCGAUCUGAUUGUCUGCGCGAACGUUUUGCAUGCUACCAAGAGCAUCCAGGAGACUUUGCAGCACUGCCGCUCGCUUCUCAAGCCAGGCGGAAAGCUCGUCCUGUCAGAGGUUACCAUCAAGCGUAUUUUCUCUGGCUUUAUUAUGGGUCCUCUCCCUGGUUGGUGGCUUGGUGAGGCCGAUGGCCGCAAGGGCGGCCCACUGAUGGAUGUUGGGGAGUGGGAGGCCGCGCUGAAGAAGGCCGACUUCUCUGGUGUUGACAUGGAUGUCCGCGGCGACCGUGAGACGUCAAACGAGCCCGUGUCUCUCAUUGUGUCAACCAAGCCAGCUACUUCGAGGCCCAAGCCAGCGAGUAACUACGCCAUUGUCAGCGGUGUGUCGGCGCAGUCCAGAACGCUAGCCACUGCCCUUCAGACCACUUUCGAGGCAGCUGGUUUCAGUUCUUCGGUGACCGGGUGGGGGAGCUUCACAGAGGCAGACAUCGCUGGCAAGUACUGCGUCUCGUUUGCUGAGUGGGACACAACCCUGCUCGCCAACCUGACGGAUGAAAACUGGGCCAAGCUGCGCCAGAUGCUCGACAAGUCAGCCGGCACGCUCUGGCUGACGGGCGGUGCAGCCAUGGAUUGCACACACCCCAUGCAGUCCCUCAUGGUUGGCCUGUCGCGUGCAAUCCGCAACGAGGACGCAGGGACCCUGCUGGCGACCCUCGACAUCGAUGCUCCCGAAACCCUCAAGGACAUUGACGCGGUAGCCGAUGCCAUCCUUCGUGUGGCGGUGGACCACAGCCGAGGCGACAGGGAAGACGGAGAAUUUGCUGCGCGAAGUAAAACAAUUUUCGUUCCUCGUGUCGAGAGGGUUCCCAAGAUCGACGCUUCGCUCCGCAGAUAUGAGGCUAAGGGUGAGCCUGAGUUGGUCUCGUUCGCGGGCUGCGGCCGUCCUCUCAAGUUGACCAUCAAGACCCCCGGUCUCUUGGACACUUUCCGUUGGGAGGAAGACGAGACGUACUAUACGCCGCUGCCGGACGACUGGAUCGAGGUCCAAGUCAAGGCCGUCGGUCUCAACUUCAAGGACGUGCUCGUCGCACUGGGUAACUUGAAUGAGAACAAACUCGGUGUCGACGCCUCGGGUAUUGUCACUCGUGUUGGCAAGGACGUGACAGGUUUCAAGCCAGGUGACCGCGUCAUGACCGCCUCGUGCGAUACCUUCGCCACCUACCUACGCUUCCCGAGCCAAGGCGCUAUUUCCAUGCCUGAUUCGAUGAGCUUCGAGGAUGCAGCCUCUACGCCGCUGAUCUUCUUGACUGCAUAUUACGCUCUUGUCACGGCUGGUGGACUCGUGAAGGGCGAGACGAUUCUUAUACAUGCAGCUGCGGGCGGUGUCGGGCAGGCGGCGAUCAUACUGGCUAAACAUAUCGGCUGCGAGAUCUUCGCCACUGUUGGGUCUGAGGAAAAGAAGAAGCUAAUCAUGAGCCAGUACGGUAUCCCUGAGGACCACAUCUUCAGCUCCCGAGACACCAGCUUCGCCAAGGGCAUCAUGCGUGCCACCGGUGGUCGUGGAGUUGACGCCGUGCUCAACUCACUUGCGGGAGAGUCUCUGCGCCUGUCCUGGCACUGUCUAGCCAAGUUCGGCCGAUUCCUUGAAAUUGGAAAAGCAGACUUAUUCGCCAACACUGGCCUGGACAUGAAGCCAUUCUUGGACAACAAGAGCUACAUCGGAGUCAACUUGCUCGACUUCGAGAAUAAUCCGACUCCUCGGGCCGUCGCUCUAUGGACCGACGUGGCCCGUAUGAUUCAGAACAGCUCGCUGAAACCGGUAUCUCCCGUGCAGCUAUUCACCAUGGCGGAGGCGGAGAAGGCAUUCCGGUAUAUGCAGACUGGUAAGCACAUGGGCAAGGUUGUUGUCAGAGUGGACGACACCGACAUGGUCCCAGCUGUGCCUCGCACCCCUCAGGUGGGUGUCAUAGGAGAUGCGACCUACGUGGUGGCGGGUCUGGGUGGUAUCUGCCGUGAGAUUGGCCGCUGGCUCGCAGACAAGGGUGCCAAAUCCAUUGUCUUUCUGUCGCGAACAGCGAAGAGUGGCGUCGGGAACGCCGAGUUUUCCGAGGAGCUGCGUAAGACGUAUGGCGCCAACAUUGUCGCUUUCGACUGUGACGUUGGUGAUGUAAAGGCUCUUGCUGGUGUCCUUGAGCAGUGCAGUGCCCUGCCGCCGAUCAAGGGUUGUGUCACUGGUGCUAUGGUGCUGGACGAUGUCCUCUUUGACAAAAUGACGGCUGCUCAUGUUCGCAAGACCGUUGGCCCCAAGGUCCACGGAACAUGGAACCUGCACGACCAGCUACCAAAAGACUUGGACUUCUUCGUGAUGCUCUCCUCCCUCGCAGGAGUGAUGGGCCACCGAGGCCAAGGCAACUACGGCGCGGGAAACAUCUUCCAGGACUACUUCGCCAGCUACCGCCGGUCGCUCGGCCUGCGCGCCACGACCAUCGACAUCGGCUACCUGCUCUCGGUCGGCUUCGUCGCCGAGCACGACGAGUACGUGGGCCACGUCAAGGCCAUGGGCCUCAAGGUGAUGCGUAACAGCGACCUGCACGGGCUGCUGUCCAUCGCCAUGGAGGACCCUCGGACACACCCUGCGCAGAUCAUGUGCGGCCUGCCGUUCAAUGAGUACUCUGAGGCCUGGUAUUGGAUGAACGACGGGCGGUUUGCAGCUUUGCGGAACCGCGCAGAGGGCGCGGGUGCAGGAUCUGGAUCGACUAUCUCAUUGCGCGACGAGCUCGUGCGCUGUGCGGACCGCGCGACUGCAGUGGAUCUUAUCACGGCUGCGAUGGUAGAGAGGUUGGCUAAGCUGAUGAUGAUGCCUGAGAGUGACGUGGACGCUGGGAAGGCACUCAGCAUGUACGGUGUUGACUCGCUAGUGGCGGUUGAGGUUCGUAAUUGGAUCGCCCGUGAGACCGGCGUCGAUAAGGAUACCACAUACGCCGUAGAGCGCUCAGCAACGGAGACCGGACAUGCAGAGGCUAUUCGCUGCUGGCAAACAAUAGGAAAUGACGUGUCAGGCCUGCUAGAGAUAGUUCGGAAGACCCAGGACGAGAAGAAACGCGACGGUUUGCUCGACUGGCUGUGCAGGCUCGAUCCUUCAGAGGCGUAUAAUGCGGCCCGCGACAAGCAUACGAGGGGUACCAGCGAUUGGCUGAUCAGGGACAGCGAGGAAUACAAGGCGUGGGAAACAUCUGCUAGCUCUCUGCUAUGGCUCAGUGGAAAGCCUGGUUGUGGUAAAUCAAUCCUGAGCUCGUCCGUCAUCAUGCACCUCCGGGAUCAGUAUGGAUCGGACCCGCGAACUGCUUUUGCAUACUUCUUCUUCAGCUUUUCGGACACAAAUAAGCAAAAAGUGGACGGAAUGCUCGCGUCAUUUCUAAAGCAGAUCUAUGCUAGAAGGCCUGACACACCAGAUCUCGUUCAAAAUCUUCGCGAAUACAAGGCAAGAGGCGAGCUUCCAGACACUAAGACCCUAGAAGCCGCAAUAUUAGCCACAGCACACCGAUUCUCGGCAACUUUUAUCAUCAUUGACGCCCUGGACGAAUGCCCAUCCGUGCCCGUUGACUUAACGACUCACUGGGAUAGCCUGAACCACGAUAUCGGCCUGGAUAUAGAUGAAACACUUGCAUCGAAUCACUACAAAGGUUGGCCUUGUGAUCUGAAGAAUUACGCAAGAAAACUGCUGAUUGAAAGGGUGGACGGAAUGUUUCAAUGCGCCUUUUGCCAAUUCGAAGCCCUCCGCAUGGAGGAUCUCUCAUCUGAGGACUCCAUUCGUAAGGAACUCGAAGCCCUCCCGAUAGGGCUUGAUGAAACAUAUGGCAGGCUGUUCUUGAGUCUAAACGAGCACUUUCGAACCCAGAUCAUAAGCGUACUUAAGUGGCUCACAUCAUCAAACAGGGACUUGAGACUCGAAGAGCUCGCAGAGAUUUUCAUCCUCCGCCCCGAAAGCGAAGUAGUCUUUAACAAGACGUAUGGGCUGCUUGAGAAGGUAGGCUUCAUGAAAUACAUUUCCAGUUUGAUUGUUAUUCAAACAUUUCCAGAUAGGUUCGGCCAUCUCCAGGAGGACACCUAUAUCCGUCUAGCCCACUUCACGAUCAAGGAGUACCUUAUGUCUAGCCGGAUUGCGACCACCCAGGCAAAGUGCUUCGCUUUCACCGCGACUGACGCCCAUUUACACAUCGCCCACUCAUCUCUUGUCUACUGCCUGCACUGUAUCAGUCUUCCCGAUGAAGAUUUGUCCGACCUCGAGCUCAAAAACUAUGCUUUCGUGAACUGGAUGUUUCAUCUCGAAAUGGUACCGAGGGAGCUAUGGUCGGCCGAAAUCGCCAACCUCGCUGCGCGUGCACUCGCAACGCGCAGCAAGAGCCUGCGCAUAACUCUUGAAGAACAAAACACUACGUCUGAUUCCUUCAUAGUAGAUUCCUUCAGGGAAUCUUUGUUGACGGGAUACAAUAUCGGAUUGGAGCCCCGUCUCGCACUGCUAAAACCGCAUCCUUACACUGCCCUGAAUGGAUAUUUCAAUCUCGCCCAAUUUUUAGUUGGUGAAGACGCCGGCACAAAUACAUACUUGACGCAGGAAGACAUGGACAUGGCACAUUACUAUGCGGCGCCUUCAGGUUGCAAUGCCCUGGUCCAGCUUCUCAUGGACAAAGGAGCUAACUGCAACUCCGAGAUCGAAGAGAUGGGAGCCGCAUUGCACGCGGCGGCAAUUCAAGGGCACAUUGCGAUCGUCGGCUCCCUCCUCCAUAGAGGCGCCAACGUUAAUGCUCAAUAUGGCAAAUGCGGCUCGGCUUUACAGGCCGCUGUAUCAGGCAAUCACCUCGACGUGGUGCGGCUGCUCGUAAGCAGCGGCUCCGAUAUCAAUGCAUCAUCGAACGAAGUUGGAGGCGCCGAUGUCAAUCUCUUGUGCGCGCAAUACGGUUACCCGCUUCACGCAAUGUGCGAAGGGUUUGCAGGUCCAUCGGAGAUCGAGCUUUUGCUGAACAAUGGCGCUAAUGUCAACGCUUUCGGCGGCAGAUACGGCACUGCACUCCAGACUCUAUUUUCCACUCCCUGUGAUGAUGCCCAGAAGCAGAGGGACGUCGCGAAGCUCUUGGUCGACAGAGGUGCCGAUAUUAAUGUGCAAGGCGGGUUGUGGGGAAGCGCACUGCAGGCGGCUUGCGCGAUUCGGCCCCGCGUCGAGAAUGCGCAGUUCCUGCUGGAGAAUGGCGCCGACAUGGGCUUCGAGGGCGGAGCUGAGGGCCACGCCCUGCAGGCGGCUUGCUACGGCAACAACUCACAGAUUGCGCGGCUCUUGAUCGACAUAGGUGCGAAUGUCAACGUCUCCGGAGGCGUGUCUGGAAGCGCCUUGCAGGCGGCCGCCCGACACAGUGACGCCCCGUUAGUGGAACUUCUCCCGAGAAAGGGUGCUGAUGUAAAUAGGCUGGGCGGCUUCUACGGCACGGCGCUCCAGGCGGCUUGCGCGCGCCAAGACAUCGACAUCGUAAGCAUCCUGCUCGAUCACGACGCUGAAGUCAAUGUCGACGGCGGGCAUCACGGGACAGCCCUUCAAGCGGCCUGCGGUAAAUAUCAACCAGAUCCAGAAAUCGCACAUCUGUUGAUUGAGCACGGUGCAAACAUCCACCAGCAGGGUGGCAUGUUCGGCAGCGCUUGGCACGCCGCUGCAGCGGCGAACUAUAAUGAGACCCUAUCACUGUUGCUGCUGGGGCACGGCAUCGAUAUCGAUGACGCACGUGGGCGAAAGUAUGCCACGGCCCUACACGCGGCGCUUGAGUCCGAUUCGCUUAACUAUGAGCGCCUAGAAGGGUAUUCGCUCUUCUCCUGCAGCCCAGGGUGCUCUUCGAUUGACGCCGGGGACCCAGAGCCGCGGUUUAGGAGGCUCGGCUUUCUGCUUAAUCACGGCGCCAACGUCAAUGUCGGAGGUGGGGAUUACGGCUUCCCGCUGAAAUCUGCGUGUGCAAACGAGACAGAGGAGGGCGAGAUGCUAACAAGAUACCUACUGGAAAGGUGCCCUGAAGUCGAGGUCAACGCCGAAGGUGGUGUAUUUGGCUCGGCUCUGCAGGCGGCGGCGCACUCGGGACAGACGGACUCGGUGCGCAUGCUGCUGGAUAGGGGGGCCAAUGUCAACAAGCGGGGGAAUACACCGCAGCGGACUAAACGCUGCUACCUUCCCCGGCCCGACAAGGUGUGGCUCGAGGAUGUCCGGGCUCGGCUUGUCCGGGGAGCUAUGGAGCGAUAUUGGAAGUUCUGGGAGAAGACGGGCAGCCAGUGGAACGGCGGGCAAGCACAAAACGAAGGUUAG